UUUCACUCCGGUGCACUGCUCGGGCGGAGAGGAAUCAUGUUGGGAAGCAGAAUCCUCCGCGGAGGAACGGCGUUAAUGAAGGGGCCAUCGGACCUAAACAUCUGUUAGACCCGCGGUAGUUGAUGGUGUUUAUGAGAACAACUGAUCCCGGCUCAGCUACCAUUUGAGGGAAGUCGUUGUCAAAUGGACGGACAAUAAAGCUCGACAGUCGGCCCGGGCUUUACCGUACGACGUAGGAACCUGUGAAGGACAGGAGCGAGGGAAGGAAAAGAAGGGGAGAAACAGCAGCAGCAGCGGCGGCGGCGGGGGGUGUGUGUGUGGGGCUCCGAUCAGGACGGGGCCGCUCUCAGCCGGGGAAUGUUAUCCGUAUUGUCGUAUGGCAGACUGGUAGCCAGGGCUGUCCUGGGCGGACUGUCCCAGACGGACGGUCGGGACUACAGCCUGAUCACCGCCAGCUACGGCUUCGGCAAAGACUUUCGCAAGGGGAUCCUGAAGAAAGGGAUGUGCUACGGCGAUGACGCCUGCUUCAUCGCUCGACACAGGACUGCGGAUGUCUUAGGUGUGGCUGACGGCGUCGGCGGUUGGCGGGACUAUGGUGUUGAUCCUUCUCAGUUUUCUGCCACUUUAAUGAAGACCUGUGAGCGGCUGGUCAAAGAGGGGCGCUUCACUCCCACCUACCCAGUGGGCAUCCUGACCUCGGGCUACUACGAGCUUCUACAGAACAAAGUCCCGCUGCUCGGCAGCAGCACCGCCUGCAUCGUGGUCCUGGACCGACGGAGUCACCGGCUGCACACCUGUAACCUGGGCGACUCUGGGUUCCUGGUGGUUCGUGAAGGAGAGGUGGUCCAUCGCUCGGACGAGCAGCAGCACUACUUUAACACACCCUUCCAGCUGUCCAUAGCUCCCCCUGGUGUUGAAGGGGUGGUACUCAGUGACAGGUCAAUACUCGUAGUACUCGCAGCUGACAGCUCCUCCUUCGACGUGCAGCUGGGUGACAUCAUCCUGACGGCCUCCGACGGUCUCUUUGACAACAUGCCCGACUACAUGAUUCUUCAGGAGCUCAAAAAACUCAAGGCGACCAACUACGACAGCAUCCUGCAGACGGCGCAGAGCAUAGCCAAGCAGGCUCACGACCUGGCCUACGAUCCCAACUACAUGUCUCCGUUCGCACAGUUUGCCUGUGACAACGGCCUGAAUGUACGAGGAGGAAAACCGGACGACAUCACGGUGCUGCUGUCCAUUGUGGCUGAAUAUACGGACUGAAAGUGUGUGUUUGUGUGUGUGUGUGUAUGUGUGAGAGAGAGAGAGAACGUGUGCGUCUAUUUAUUUGGAUCCUCCUUCCCGUUGGUCCGAGUCUUCCACCUGCAGCAGUCCAAAAAUGCACUGGGAAGGCCCAGCGUCGUGACCCACUCCUCACUGUGGGACUGAGGCCCGUUUUCCUCUUCUUCCUUUUUUUUUUUUUUUUUUAUUUUUUCCUCGGAGAAGAGUUGAAGUGACGGUGACACUGGAGGACGGCGGACGGUUCGGUUUCCCGCGCCUCAUAUUCUGCGACAUCAGUGUUUUUCAGUUGUAGGUGAUGAAGGGAACGUCCACAGAUGUUGGGAGGAACCAGAGCUUUGGAAACGUGGUAAACCUCAUGUUGAACGGUUGAUUGUUACGACGGGUCGAAGCCAUUGUUUUUAAUUGAUGUUGAUGAUGAUCUAUUUAACUCUAGUUGUUGAUCCAGUCCGUCCUUGUAAAGGUGCUUGAACAGAUUUUGGGAGCUGGACAGAGUACGAUGUUGGGAGUGAGUCUCACGGACGAUGUAGUGGAAGUGGAACUGUCAAAAAGGGGUUUAUGUUGACGACUUUCUUAUUUUUUAAGUUAAUUUGGCGGGUUUUAUUGGAUUAAUUGAACCUGGUCAGUACAGAGGUGUCGUGUCACAUUCAACCCUCCACAAAGAAAGUCAAAAAAAAUGUGUUGUUUUCUCUUGAUGAAUGUCCUUUUCUGUGUCAUUUAUGCUUAAGUGCAGGCACAGAGGCAUUAAUAAUUAUUGAAGCAACACUGAGGCCCAAAAAAAAUACAGUUCCAACAGCAAAACAACAUAGUUUCACUGUCUUUCACAGCUGUGUGUAAAGCUACCUCCGACUCCUGCAGGAGCCACUGCAGAAAAAACCCAUCUUGUUAUAUGUUCGAUUCCUAAAUUCGAGCCUUUAUUCCGACGUCAGAUGGAAACUGACAGCCGUCGUGAUCAGAACGAACCUUACCCGAUUUAUUAGGAGACCUGUCGGAGCCGCAGUGCGAGGGUCAGUCAGGUUGAGUCGAACCAAGAGUACAUACCUUCUGUUAAGUUGUACAUAUUUGUGUGUUUUUUUUGUUUGUUUGUUUGUAUUUUUUCUCUGUCGUCUUUGCUUUAUUUCCGAUUGCGAAGGUCUGUUUUGUUAGCGUUGUGGGAUGGGUUCACAUUAGCGAUGUCCGAUGUUAACUUCUUGCCGAUAUUGUCCAAACACUUAAUUUCCGAUUGCGAUAUCAACCGUUACCGAUUCAGCGGGGCAGUGAUGGCCUGGUGGUUAAGGAAGUUAAGUGCCCCCUGCUGGUCAUUUGUUUUAUUUGCUUAUCUGUACAAACCACUGUAUGAGUUGCUGGUACCAUAAUUCUCCAUACAACCCCCUGAUUAACAAAAUAGAUGAAUAAAAUUAGCUGCAAUGCUGCCAUCUAGUGGCUAUCACUUUCAUAAACAGCCACAAAACUAUUUUUAGUGCACAAAUAUGAUUUGGCAACACCCGGGCAGCAAAACCCGUUACAUAAUUCUACUAAUAUCGGUCGGUCGAUAUCAUCCGACAUCCCUAGUUCACAUGCAUUCAGUAACAUAUGUUUGUACAGGUGUUUAUUUUUGACCUUUUGACCUUCGUCGAUCCCACUCUUCCGCUGAAAUGACGAACAACAAAUAUGCUGAUGUAAUCGCUGCGAGUGCGUGGUAGUGAGAUCAACAAGUAUGCAAUCGUGUGUGUGUGAGAGAGAGAGAGAGAGAGAGUGUGUGUGUGUUUUAAGUCACUACGGGUACCGUGGAUGUGCUGACUGGUUUUUGUUGGUUGUUUUUUUUUUUCUUUCUGGAACUUAACUGUGGGCCAAAUGUUUGCCUCCUGUGAUGGACUUAUUGGCCAUUGUUUAGGGCAGGGGUGUCAAACAUGUGGCCUGCGGGCCAAAUCCGGCCCACUUGGGGUUUCAAUCUGGAAUUUUGAAAAUUAAUUAAAACAAAGGUGCACUUCAUGUUUUGUAAAAUUAAAUUUAGUUGCAGUUAAUUGAAAAGAUAAUUUUAGUCACGUUUGAUCAUCUUUAUCUGAUAUCCUCGUACUUCUUUGCAUGGAAACAAAGGGGGGAAACAUGGACUUAUUGUCAUUUAAAGGUAAUUGUAUUAUGAUUGUUCUGGUCCCGUCACCUUGACAUGUAAUUGAUUAACUUAGUUUGACACCCCUGGUCUAGUACCUUUCAACACCCCUCAACCCCCGACACCCAUAAUGACUCCUGACAUUGGCUCCAAUUGUUGUCAGUAAUCAACAAAUUCUGUAGGAGGCGCUGUUCCACACAGUAUCAGUGUCAGUUGUGAUCGCAACAAUAGGUCAGACAUGAAUUAAAGGGAAAUAAUGUGUAUUUUUUUUAUGUUGUUUUUAAAGUGUUUGGAGUUAAGAGAUGGAUGGAUGACUUUUUCUUUUUUCUUUUUUUUUUUUCAUUCUUCCCUGUUUUUGUCCCUCGUUUGUUUGUUUGUGACUGUGACGUCUGUGUUGACGCAGGUUAUUCACCCUUGCUCGUCACCACUGAACUGCUGCUUCCAUUCAGUUCCAUCAGUCAGACACAGUGAUAACACUGCCCUGCUCACGGACACCUGUGUCCAUCAGCCUUCAUGUUCGGUUUGUCUGACUCUCACUUUGAGCAGUGCUGUAAAAACACGCAGGCUCCGCGAUGAGAAGUCGAAGGGAAACGUCCAGAGAAACAUUUAAAGAGUUUUUCAUUUUUCUCCCUGUGCGUCUCAUGUUCAAAGGACAAAUGUCCCACUUAAAGUUCUGUGUGGAGGUGGUUUUUUUUUUUUGUAAACCAAAGAAAGAAAGCCAUAUAUGAAUACAUUGUAAAAACAACUCUCUCUCUCUUUGUUCCUGUAAAGAAAAUCUUGUGAUGUCACAGAGCAGGAUUGUCACUGUGGUAUUUUUGUGUGGUGGAAAUUUUUUUCAUGAUUUUCCAUUCAAACCUUUCACAUUGACGUACAUCUAAAUGAGACGUUCUGAAUUACUGGAAAACAACCUGUCUGCUCAGUUUGGUGAAUUUCUUUUUUUUUUUGAAUCCAUUGUCUUCAUGGGGAGUUAAUGUACAAAUGGUUUUGUUUUCACAUAUAAAGGACAGAGCUAUAAUGUCAGAGAGACGUGAUCUCUAUUCCGACAGAGAAUAGUGUUAAUGGUGCUGUGCGAGUGAGCAAAGUCUCAGCCUUAACAAAUAGAUAGACCUGUAACCGAGGCCUUUCCUGUCAUCGCAAGCUUGUGUCGUCUCCUUCACUUUGUCUCGUGUUUGAUGUAAAAGCUGCAUUUGAAUGAUAUUUUUUACACCUUUAAAGACGUCCUCAAAGGUGCUUCUGCAGUCCGUGUCGUAUGAUUGUUGUGCGAAAGGUCCGUGUCGGUGUAAACUGUGUAACAAAACAGGUCUCAUUUAUGUAAAUAUGUUUUGAAAUAUGU